AUGACGACGCCUCAGCUGCCUUCAUCUGGAACCACCACGAAGCUAGCUUCGUCCGAUGUUGACAGCUACGACUUCUUGAUUGUCGGAGGAGGCACUGCAGGCUGCGUGAUUGCCUCACGCUUGUCAGAGUACCUACCCAAAAAGCGCAUACUCCUCAUCGAAGCUGGGCCCUCCGACUUCCUCGAUGACCGAGUCUUGCUACUCAAGGACUGGUUAAACCUACUUGGAGGCGAGCUUGACUAUGAUUACCCUACCACCGAGCAGCCGUUAGGCAACUCCCACAUCCGACACUCUCGCGCCAAAGUGCUCGGAGGAUGCUCGAGCCACAACACGCUGAUCAGUUUCCGCCCUUUCGAGCUCGAUUGCCAGCGGUGGGUGGAGCAGGGAUGCAAAGGCUGGGACUUUGGGACGUUUACGAGGGUGUUAGAUAACCUGCGGAAUACGGUUCAGCCAGUUCACACGAGACACCGCAACCAAUUAUGCAUAGACUGGGUUAAGAGCUGCUCUACCGCUAUGAACAUACCAGUCAUUGAUGACUUCAACAAGGAGAUCAAGGAGACCGGCUCCCUCAAGCAAGGAGUAGGCUUCUUCUCCGUAUCAUACAACCCUGAUGACGGCCGUAGAAGUAGCGCUAGUGUAGCCUACAUACAUCCGAUCCUCCGAGGCGAAGAGAAAAGGCCGAACUUGACCAUUUUGACUAAUGCGUGGGUAAGCAAGAUCAACGUGGCGGGCUCGCGAGUCACCGGCGUGAGCGUGACGUUACAGGAUGGAACGAAACACAAUCUGCAGGCCAAAUGUGAGACUGUACUCUGCGCAGGCGCUGUGGACACGCCGAGAUUGAUGCUGUUGUCCGGACUAGGGCCAAAGCAGCAACUUACAGAGCUUGGCAUUCCGGUGGUACGCGAUCUGCAAGGCGUUGGCAAGAACCUUCUCGACCACCCCGAGAGCAUCAUCCUGUGGGAGCUCAAGAAGCCUGUACCGAUCAAUCAAACAACCAUGGACUCCGACGCUGGUAUCUUCUUGAGACGAGAGAUGCCAAAUGCAGUAAAUCUGGGUGGCGACAUCGCAAACAUCAUGAUGCAUUGCUAUCAGAUUCCCUUUGUCUACAAUACCUCUCGUCUCGGCUAUGAAACUCCGAAGGAUGCCUUUUGCAUGACGCCGAACAUUCCUCGGCCGAGGUCGAGAGGAAAGCUUUACCUUACCAGCAAAGACCCAAACGUGAAGCCAGCGCUGGACUUUAGGUACUUUACAGACCCGGAAGGCUACGAUGCAGCAUCGAUCGUGGAGGGCCUGAAAGCGGCGCGAGAGAUCGCUAAAGAGAAGCCGUUCGCCGACUGGAUCAAGCGGGAGAUCGCACCUGGUCCGGCCAUACAGUCCGAUGAGGCCCUGAGUGAGUACGGGCGCCGCGUAGCGCAUACAGUAUAUCAUCCUGCAGGCACCACAAAAAUGGGUGAUGUCCGAAGGAAUCCGAUGGCUGUGGUGGAUCCAAAUCUUCGAAUCAAGGAUUUGGAGAACGUUCGUAUAGCGGAUGCUGGUGUCUUUCCAGAGAUGCCGACCAUCAACCCGAUGUUGACAGUACUCGGCAUUGGCGAGCGGGCGGCAGAGAUGAUUGCACAAACUUGGGGUUGGCAGGGCAUGCCGACCGCCAAGCUAUAG